UUUUGAUUCACCAUGAUGGAUCAAUUGUAUAAUCUGUUUGUCUAUAUAAACUCUAAACUCUGACAAUUGUUGUUGCAAGUUUUUGCUCGUGUUGAUUUGGCGCCAGUUCAAAAGUUCACGGUACAAAUUUUGUGCGACCAAACAUUCAUGAGAAAAAUGUUAAGCUCAUCGCUAUUUUUCAGAUUUGCAUUUGCAUCUUCUUUCAACCAAACCAGCCAUGGCCAAAGACAAGAAGGUGACAAUCGAAGAUUCGUCUCCAGAGACCACUACCAGCACCACCAUAAAGUCGUCCCUCAAGGGAUCAACUACCACCACCCCAAUAACCAAACCAACCACCACCACCACCACCAUCCAAUUCAGAAUCUUUGUUGGAUCAUACGAACACAACCUUCUCUGUGUAUCACUCAUACUCGACCCCACCGGCACCAAAGAACCAGUAUUCCAGCCUAUCUUCCAUUUCCAAGCCCAUGCAUUAUCCAUCAAAUCGAUAGACUUGGCCAAGAGAUACUUGGUCACUGGGUCCAACGACGAACAUAUCCGGAUCUACGACUUGCAAAAACGUAAGGAGUUGGGACACUUGCUUUCGCACAACGGGACAAUCACCACGUUGAAGUUCUCCAGUGAAGGACACGACGACCCUACCGAAGUAGUUGACAAGUCCGGGAAGUGGCUCUUGUCCGGAUCCGAAGAUGGGAAGAUCAUCAUAUGGAGAACCAAGGACUGGGAAACGUUCGGGAUCUUGAAGGGACAUACCGCUAGAGUUAACGAUUUAGCCAUCCAUCCCAGUGGUAAAGUGGCCAUUUCUGUGUCUCAAGACCAAACUAUCAGAUUGUGGAACUUAAUGACUGCGAAAAAGGCCGCCGUGUUGAAGAUAAAGGGAAGAGAUCACUUGGGACAACUGGGAGAGUUCGUCAGAUGGUCAUUGGCCGGUGACUAUUUCGUGGUUGGGUUACUCAACCAAUUGUUGGUGUACAAGACUUCCUCGGCUAAGAUUGUCAAGAAGAUUAAGUUUUCAACCACGUUGAUGUGUAUUGAUAUUCUUUUGGUCGCGGGUAAAGAAUGGUUGGUUACUGGAUUGGGUAACGGAGCUAUUGAUUUCUACGAUUUCCAAGAACAGAUUGUGUCUACUGUUGAAGAAGACGAACUGAAGGUAUUGGAUUCUAAACCAGAACAACUUAAACCUGUAUUUGAAUUGCGUGGUCACACCAAUAGAAUUAAGGGCAUCUCAUUUUAUAACGAAGAAUUGCCUUUGCUCGUGUCUGUGUCUUCUGAUGGUAAGAUAGUCGUGUGGAACUUAUCCGAGCAAGUCCGCGAUCAAGUUGCUAUUUACGACACUGGUGAAAGAUUAAACUGUGUGGUUACCUCCCCGGAAAGUAUUGAAAAAAUGGAUACUAUGAAGAGAAGAUUCACUUCGUUGGAAGACAUGCACGGUGAAGAGGAAGGCGGCGUCAGUGAAUCUGAAUACGAAACUGACGGCGAAGAAAUUCAACGAAUCAUGAAGGGUAAGAAAGCCAAAAAGAAAAAGAGCAAAAAGACCAAGGUUAGUGUUACUUUAGAAUAA